CAGUUGCACGUUAAGCCUUUGUUGGGAGUCGGUGAACGAAACCACGAAAUCACAGCAGCAUUCUUUCCAGGUUUUCCACAAAAGAAAGCCAUUUAAUUAACCUUGAGGGUUUACAAUGGGCUGCAUUUGCAUAAAGCAGCGACUUAAAUGUGAAGAGCUAAAUGUUCUCGCCUCUCAAGCUCCGUUUAACGUGACCGAGAUUGAAACUUUGUACAAGCUGUUCAUGAAACUUAGCAGUUCUAUAGUUAGUGAUGGGGUUAUAAGCAAAGAAGAGUUUCAGCUUGGAUUGUUUAGGAAUAGCAAGAAACAAAGUCUCUUUGCAGACAGGAUAUUCUACUUGUUUGACUCCAAACAUGAUGGGGUGAUAGAAUUUGAAGAGUUUGUUCGAUCUCUGAGCGUAUUCCACCCAGAAGCAUCUCAAGAAGAAAAAGUUGCUUUUGCAUUUCAAAUAUACGAUAUAUGGAAAUCUGGCUUUAUUGAACGCGAGGAGGUCAAGAAAAUGCUUUUGGAGUUUCUGAAGGAUUCAGAUAUGUUCCUUUCUGAUGAUAUCAUUGAAUCCAUUAUUGAGAAGACAUUUGAAGAAGCAGAUAUGAAAAGAGAUGGAAAAAUUGACAUGGAAGAGUGGAAAGAGUUUGUGUCUCGCAAUCCAUCCAUACUGAACAAUAUGACCAUCCCAUAUUUAAAGGACAUCACAACUGCAUUUCCUAGUUUCCUGGUGAGAUCAGACUGUGAAGAUGGCAAAGAAUCUCUAUAGAGAAAAACAUAUAUUCCUUAUCAUUAUUUGCCAAUUUAUACACGAAAUCAAUCUUACAAUCCAGGUCAAGUGCUAUUUAGUUUUCUGGCCUAUUCUGGUCAGUAAUAGAAGAGGAUAUGUAAACCAAGUAUGAUUUCAGAACCAAAUGUUUGUCCAUAUGUUGAGCACUUUGCCAUACUUGAAGCUUU